CAAUCAUUCACCUCACAAAGCAGGGGAGUUGAAUAAUUGUAACACGCCGACCAAAUGUGAAAAGUGAAGGUGUUAGGCUAGUCCUGAACCAGAGACAAAGAUCCUGAGCGUCUUACACGGCUAUGGAAAGAAGUGUUUAUCGUUGGUCCAGAGUCCUCGUUUCAGAAAUUAAGGAUCCCGAUUGGAAGACGAGUGUAGAGGUCCAGUGGAAAGUUUCCAAAGUUAGUGAAGAGCACUUCAUCUUCCUCUCUGCUGCCAAGGGUUAGGUUACUUUGAGGCCCACAGUGUGAGAGAUUCGACCACGAUGGCCCCAUGCCGUGUUCCACUUGUUUUAUUAGCCUGUGGCUCUUUUAAUCCAAUCACCAAUCAGCACAUGAGGCUGUUUGAGCUGGCCAGGGACCACAUGCAAAGCACAGGCCAGUACAAGGUGGUGGGGGGCAUUGUGUCUCCAGUGAGUGACGGAUAUGGAAAGCAAGGUCUGGUCCCUGCAAAGCAUCGCAUUUCUAUGGCAAAGCUGGCCCUUCAGAGCUCUAAAUGGGUCACAGUUGAUGAAUGGGAGAGCCAGCAGCCAGACUGGACGGAGACGGUGGUCACCAUGAGGUAUCAUUAUGGGCGGAUUUUGGAAGAAUAUGAGCAGAGCACAGGAAUGCACAGUAAACCCAGUGGAAACUCUGCUCUCCCCUCAAGUCCAUCCCCCCAGCUAAAACUGCUGUGUGGAGCUGAUUUCCUUUCCACCUUCAAGAUCCCGGGCCUGUGGCUGGAAGACCACGUGGAGGAGUUAGUCAGGCAUUUUGGCCUCAUCUGCGUCAGUCGAGGGAGUCUGCAGCCCGAGCGAGCGGUGCACGAGUCAGACACCCUCUUCCGCCACAGGCAAAACAUUUUCCUCGUGAGGGAGUGGGUAAGGAACGAGACAAGCGCAACAGAGGUCCGGCGGGCCCUGAGACGGGGUCUGAGCGUGAAAUACCUUAUCCCAGACUCUAUGAUAGAGUAUAUUCACCAGCACAACCUAUACACAGAGGACAGCGAGAGGAGAAACGAGGGCACGGUGCUGAGACCGCUUAUGAAGCAAGCACAUCAGCCAAUAAAGAGUCUGGAUGACUGAUAAACCAAAUUAUACUCCUUCUGCUGAAGGAUCUGUUUACUUCUACUGGAGUUUAAUGGGGAGCAGGUUUGCACAAUGUGAAAAUGUCUGCAAUAACCACAGUUGACUGAAUCAAAUCAUCUGAAAUAUCCCAGUUUCUUUUGAUGCAUGCUAAUAUGCUGCAAAAACUUAUCUUCAUGGUCACUUAAUUUUUUUAAGGAUUUGUGGUCCCAAGGAUUUGUGAUUUCCUUUCACUGUUCUUCCAUUAAAUGGAAUAAAAUCUUUAUAUAUAUAUAUAUAUAUAUAUAUAUAUAUAUAUAUAACAAAAUGUCAAAUUGUUCUAAUAGAGUUGUGAUUCAGUGGCAACAUUUAAAAUAUAGAGUUCCAAAUUAGGGUACACCCUGGACAACUCACCAGUCCAUCACAGGGAGACACAGGACAGACAGCCAAGCACACACACACACACACUCAUACCUAAGGGCAAGUUUGAGAAAGGAAGCCAUAGUACCCAGAGAAAACCAACACAUGCAUGGAGAGAACAUGCAUCCUCCAGUAAAUUGCCUUUCCAACAAAAAGGUGACUAGCUGGAUUUAACAAAUCAAACAGGCAAGAGGCUCUCAUUGGGUAAUUAGUGCAUGGGCGAUUACGUUUCAGGUAGCAACAAGUUAUUGCACCCUAACUGAUGCGGUGAGCAGCUCCUCAUUGUUGAAGAGCAUGAAGUGAUGCCCCCAUAAUGCUUAGUGCUUACAGUACAGGCCUCCGGGGCUAGUGCUGUUAUCUGGGGUUGUUGGAGUUGGUCAGGUCUAGGUUCUGCAACACUAUGAGCCCAAAGAAUGAGGUUGGCUGACUACCUGGACAUACUGAAUGACUGGGUUAUUCCUUCAGUCUUCUUCCCUGAUGACACGGUCAUCUUCCAAGGUGACAAUAUCAGGAUUCAUCAGGCUCAAAUUGUGCAGCAGUCUGACCCCCAUCCUCUCUACAAGAGCUCAAUGAAAAAUAUAUCUAUCUCUAUAAUGGAAAUAAAUGUUGUGUCAUAGAUGCUUAUCAAAGCAAUUUUGAGAACUUCCAAUAAAAACUGAAACAAGUGAACCAAAAAAAAGUGCUAGUUGCUACUGAGAAUGAUACCAAACCCAAAUCCACCAUGCUUCAGUUAGAAGUUGGAAAACCAGUGAGAUACGCCAGUUGAACUUGGUGACACACUGCAAGCUACCAUUUGCAAUACAGACUCAUGAGUGUAUUUCUUUGCAAAACUAAAAAUCAUGUUCAGUUGCAGAGGUAGAACAGAUAUUUAACUGUAAACAGAAAGAGGCUUUAUCUGUCUAACUUUAGAUUCAUUUGAAACAAUCUAACUUUUGAGUCAGCAAGUUUAUAUUUUAUUGUGCUAAUCAUUUUACAUUUGACUUACAAAUGUAACAACAGCCUUAGAGCCCAUAGCAAAACCAUAGAAAACACACUCUGAAAGUCCUAGCUGAAAACCCAAACAUACAUUACUGUCACAUUUUGAAGAAAUAUGUACUGGGAAAACUGGGAAAAUACUAUUAAACAGUGAUUCUUGGCUAAUGUAGAAGAACUUUUAUGUUCUAGCCCCACUGCCAAUGCAAGGGUUUGUAAAACAGAACCUAAACUGGUAAAUUAGAGCACGCUCCUGGGGAUAUAGCACUAUCCCAUUUAUAAAUACUGAAUAAAAUGUGCAAGCUUCCACUCUUAGGUUAUCUGGUAAUUACUUGGAAAACCAAAGCUGCAAUCACAACACUGCAUAAAUAUGAUGUUGAAAUUAUUGUUGUUUUAUUAUUUCGUUUGUUCAUGUUUAUGAGUGACCAUUGACCUGUCCAAAGGACAAAUGAUGAAAAUGAAUCUCUUAUUUAUUCACAUUUAUUUAGCAAAUGUUUAUCGUUAUACGUUGUUCCUGUUGUGAAUUAAUAAGCUUGAAACUUUACUGAGGCACAAAUUAUCAGAAGUGCAUAAAAGUACUUCAUUGCUGCAGCUAUUAUAAACACGCAGCAGCCAUAUUGGAUUUUGCAGUCCUGGUUAAUAAAAAGCCUCCGACUUUCCUGUUUAGAAUUUCAACUUGUGUAUUUUUCAGCUGGAACAUUUAGACUUCUGAUUAAAAACUAAAUGAAAACGUC